AUGUCGACAAUAACAGAUGCCCCUGGACUUCCAGCCGACAUGCUCGAGCAAUGGAGGCACGAGCUACGCCGUGUCGAGCUUCCGAUCAACGGCGUCUCGUUUACGCACGUCUACUGCCGAUACGCCGCGCUCUGGGCGGCGAAGUUCAUCCUUGCCGAACUGGCUGCGGCCAGCGAGUCCGCAGCCGGACGGUCCCUCGUCUACGUGGUGCCGCACGCGGCCGCCGUGAAGAUCGCCACCGACUUCCUGCAGGAAGACGGGUUCGCCGUCAGAGAGUCGCUGCGCGUCAUGAGCUACAGCGACCUGAACAUUAGUCUGAGCAACAAUGCGCUCCCGCGGUUCAUGGCCGCAGCCAUCGUUCUUUUCGAUACCGACUUUGGCAGCCUCCCACCGCAGCUCACCGUCAGCUGCGCCCGGCUGGUCGCCGCGUGGGCAGCGCUGAGUGAUCAAGACAAACCACUCAGCUGCGCCAUGCUCGCUCUCGCGCCGUUUCCAUAUGUCUGGAGGGAAGUCUCGCCGAUCUGGGACCCGUUGCAAAUCGACUUUCAAUUCGGAAAGGAUAUUGUAUACCUGCAGCUGGGACCGCCUCCCCGGAUCGCACUGCUGUCCAACGACUGCACAGGUGGGAGUCCGACCGACACGAUCGCGCAAGCGAUCCGCUCCGUCGCCGUCGAGGAAGGGUCCACGACCGUCAUUUGUCUCGUCCCUCCCACGCAGGGCCAGGCGAUUCGUACCCUGCUGGCCAAAGAGGACAGCGUUUCACCCUUUGUCCUCACCCCGGAAAACGUCGCGGAGCAGUGGCCGGUAGUCAAGACCGCCCAGGAGAAGAACGCCGGCGUUGUUGCGUUGCUCGUUGACCCUGCAUUGCGCUUCCUCCCGGUCAUCGCAGGCAGCUGUCACUACAUGGUGCCGUCCUCCCGCGCGUGCGUUGCCCUGGAUGCCGACAUAUAUCAAGCGGUCGAUGAUGAGCGUCCUUGGCGGGCUCGCGACAUUGGCCUCGCGGCCAGUCUCGGCCAAGGCGCGUGGGCGGCAAGCUCCACGGUCGUCGUCCUGCGAACCAGCGGCCAUCCCUCCGAAGCACCGCCUCAUUCGACCGGCGACCGGCCACCCACCCCGCUCUGGAUUGCUUGGACCAGCGGCUUUCAGGAGACCCUGUUCUGCCUGAUUGACCUGGUCGGUCGAUCGGGUUGGACUCUGUUCAGAUUGUCCGUCGGCCUGCCGAACGACCAGGCUUUCAUCAAAGAGACGCUUCGUCGGCUGCUCAUGAUGAAGCUUGUGACCAGCCCGUCGAACUCUGCGUCCGGCCUGGUCAAGUACCAAAAACUGACCUUGGCGCACUCCAAAGCCAGGCAGGCAGCGUCGUUCCUGACGUCCGGCCUCGCCGAGACCCUCCCAGAAGCGCUGCUGCUAGCGGAGGUGGCCGAGGCCCCGUCCGCCGCGGUAAAGCUCACACUCGCCGCGGUCUCGAGCACUGUCCGCGUUGGAAUCAGCAACGUUGUCAAGCGCGGCCCCAAUACGGCCCAGCGGCUGACACUGGAGCAGUGCCAGUCCGCGUGCACUGGCAUCGGCGCCCAAUUGGGCCUCCGGGGCCGCCUGUGGAUCGCCCUCGACCUCCUGGCAGCUGAUGCGCACGGCUCUGACCAGCUGCUUGAGGUCGCGCAACCGCACCGCGAGGAGUUCCACCGCCGCUUCCGCUCCAUUCUCGAUCAGACAGCGCCGACGAUCGCAUCCUCGCCGCUACCCAAGCGCCUGACCGACAAGGAAAUCAUCGCGGUGGAGACGGCCAUCGUCCGUGCCUGGCUUCAGAACCUGUGCGUUACCGUCACCACGGAUGCGGAGAUUGGCGAUGCCUUCCAGCCGGUAAUCUUCCGCCGGAUCCUGUACUUCGCGUCCGGCGGUUGGGGCACGGGCUUGAAAGCGGCCCGUCGCCUCCACUUCGCGGUCCACUUCGGCCUGACCAAGGUCGGUGGCGCUCACAGGACAGACACUCUUACGUUGGUGUCUAGCGAGGCUGUGGUGCGCAUCUUGGACGAGUUGUUCCCGGAGGCUGUAGGUGUCAAGAGGCCCAACUACGGCAUUCUCUUGCACACUAGCCACGCCUAA